ACAAAGUGCACAUAGUGAAAUGGAAAACCCCUGGAAACUAUCAUAAAUUCACACAAUAGAGAUCCACAAUUUUUUUUUUAUCACAAUGAAGAAAAAUACGGCAAUGUUAAUUAUCUCCACCCUCUUCAGUAUUUUAAGCAUUUGUUCGGGGUCCCAGACACUCCAGGUAAAGAACCGGUGUGACGAAAAAAAGGUAAUUACAUCAAAAACUGAGUGCACAUCGUGCUCUUUAAAUGCUGCUGUGAAUUGCACCACUGGAUUUACGAAACUUACCAUGGGAAGUGGAAUAAGAGACUGCCGGUAUUUCUUGGAAAUAAAAUCAUAUUCUCUCUCACUACCUGGUUGUCGACACAUAUGUACCACAGAUAGGCUUCUGCCCAAGUGUUGCCCUGGGUACUGGGGACCUGACUGCAUGGAAUGUCCAGGUGGAGCAUCAUCCCCUUGUAGUAACCGAGGAACAUGCUCUGACGGGUUGGAGGGUAAUGGAGUCUGCUCUUGUCAGGAAGAAUUCGGUGGAACAGCCUGUGAAAAAUGUGCUGAUAACAACAAGUAUGGUGCUGACUGUCGCGCUGCCUGUUCUUGUGUACAUGGGGUAUGCAACAGUGGGAUUGAUGGAGAUGGUAAAUGCAUAUGCCUUUCUAGCUAUGGUGGUCCUAGAUGUGAUCAACCUUUACCAGAAUGUGUGGCAUUAAACUGCAAAGAAAAUAUGCGAUGUGUGAGAUCAAGCACAGGAGCAAUGGAGUGUAAAUGCUUACCGGACUAUGAACAGAAAGGCACACAGUGUGAACCAAUUAAUCCUUGUGUGAAGAACGUCUGUCAUGCAGAAGCAGAAUGCUUCUAUGUUGGCCCAAACAAACACAACUGUAAAUGCAAAGUGGGUUACGAAGGUGAUGGUAGCUUGUGUUUGCCUAUCGAUCCCUGUCAGACAAACUUUGGAGAUUGCCCUGCACCAUCUUCUGUCUGCAAAUAUGAUGGUCCUGGAAAGUCUCAUUGUGAAUGUAAAGAAGGAUACAGUAACUUUCAGCCAGGAAUUGGAUGCCAGCUAGUAGACAUAUGUGCGACCAAGAAUAAAUGCAGCAAACAUGCCAACUGCACCACUGUUGCUCCUGGGAAAAUGGAAUGUGUGUGCAAGAAGGGUUAUACUGGUGAUGGUGUCAUCUGCUAUGGAAACAUUUUGGAACGUAUGAGAGAAAUUAACAGCGAACCAGGACAGUGGCAGGGAAAGCUUUCCAUUGCUAUAAACUUGUUUGAGGUGUAUUCUUGGCCACUGUCUUCUCUGGGACCGUUCACUGUUCUAGUACCUAUAAAUAAAGGCAUCAAGCUAAGGGAUGUAAAGAAUCUUAAAUCCAAAAAGGAAAAUGCCCUGUACUUUAUCAAGCUUCAUAUGAUUGCUGGGCAGCUGAAUGCUGAAGAUUUCAACAGCACAGAUUUAAUUUAUACAUUGACUGGAAAAUCAGGGGAAAUAACAAUUGGGGACACGGAUAAUGAUUUGAAAAUAAGGAUUCGUGGAAGUAAGAAGAGAGGGAAAAUUCUACAGAAAAAUAUAAUUGCCUCCAAUGGAAUCCUACAUAUCAUAGACAAGGCCAUGGAUAUUGUGGAACCAACUCUGGAAAGUAACACUGAAGAGACAAUAAUGGAAAUACUCCAAGAAAAUGGUAGAUACAAUCGUUUUAGGACUCUGCUGGAGAAAUCUAAUCUUGGGCCAGAUCUAGAAAAGGAUGGACCCUACACAGUCUUUGUACCCAACAAUGCCGCCUUGUCUACAAUGGAAAAUGGAACGUUGGACUACCUGCUAUCCAAAGAGGGUUCUAGGAAACUUCUGGAACUGUUGAGGUACCACAUUGUUUCAUCUGCUCAGUUGGAUGUUGCAAAUAUUAUCUCUUCUACUCAGAUUAUGAGUAUGGCAAACCAGUUAAUCCAGUUUCAAACAACAAGCAACGGACAAAUUCUAGUCAAUGGUGAAGAAGUUGAAGAAGCUGAUGUUGCAGCAAAGAAUGGCCGUAUUUAUACACUGGAUGGUGUCCUUAUUCCGCCUUCUAUACUGCCUAUUCUACCACACAGAUGUGAUGACACUAAACAUGAGAUAAAAGCUGGCUUCUGUGUUUCCUGUACUAUGGUUCUCCACAGUAGAUGUCCACCAGGAACUGCAGAAACAUCUCUCUUUACACACAAGUGUGUCUACCAAAAAUCUAUUAUGGAUAGUGACUACUCAGUGGGUGGUUGCUCAAGAUACUGCAACAUUACUGUACCAGUCCCUAAGUGUUGCAAAGGAUUUUAUGGCCCUGAAUGCAGACCUUGUCCCGGAGGCUUUACUAAUCCAUGCUCGGGAAAUGGAGAGUGUAUGGAUGGAAUGACAGGGAAUGGGACGUGUGUCUGUGAUGAGGCAUUUAUGGGCUCUAACUGCCAGCGUUGUUCCGAUGCAGACAUGUAUGGCCCUCGUUGUGACAAAAAAUGUGGAUGUGUCCAUGGAAGUUGCAAUAACCAUAUAGACAGUGAUGGAAGCUGCCUGACUGGAUCAUGUAAACCUGGAUACACAGGACAAUUCUGUGAUAGGAGGACUACUCCUUGUGGACCACUUGUUACUUUCUGUCACGCUCACGCAGAGUGUGCAUACUUCAAUGGUUUGCCCAGCUGUGUUUGUAAAUUAGGAUAUGACGGAGAUGGAAUAAAUUGCAAAGAAGAAAAUGCUUGUAUAGUUUAUGGCAAAUCACCCUGCAAUGUUAAUGCUGAGUGCAUUCCAACAGGACCAGGAAAAUUCAAAUGUGUGUGUCGUGCAGGAUGGACAGGCGAUGGAGUAGACUGCUCAGAGAUUAAUAACUGUCUCCUUCCUGACCGAGGAGGAUGCCAUCCAAAUGCUGACUGCCUAUAUAUUGGUCCUGGCCAGAGUGACUGUGAGUGCAAAAAGGGUUUUCGAGGUGAUGGGACUCAGUGUGAGCCAGUAAACACUUGCGUAGGAGAGACUGAAAAGUGUCAUUUUCUGGCAACAUGUCAAAAAGUAUCAUCUGGUUUCUGGGAGUGUGUUUGUAAAGAAGGGUAUGAAGGCAAUGGAAAGAUCUGCUACGGAAAUGUAGCAGAUGUGGUUGCAUCUCUUCCAGAAGCCUCAGAAUUUUAUAAAUCUAUGAAUGAUCCCAAUACAAGAUCCCUGAUUUCUCAGUCUACAAACAUCACUUUGUUUGUUCCGUCUCGCUCAGCAAUUAAGAGCAUGAAAAAGGAGGAUGAGAUUUACUGGAUGAAAAAAGAGAAUGCAGCAACAUUACUAAAGCAUCACAUUUUGUCAGGUAUCUACAAAUAUGAUGAUAUCAAGAACUAUUCUUCAUCUGAUCUACUGGUUACUUCUCUUAAAAACAGUUUACUUCAACUUUCUACAAAAAAUGGGAAUAUUACCAUUGGAGGUGCUAACGUUGUUGUCGGUGACAUUGUAGCUACAAAUGGAGUUGUGCAUCUUAUUGACAAGGUCUUGAUUCCUGAUAUAUAUACGGUCGAGCUAUUACCAGACUUGAUGACCAGGCUUGAUCAGAUGCCUGAUUAUUCCAUCUUCCGUGGCUAUAUCAUUGAAUAUCAUCUGUCAAAACUUAUUGAAUCUGAAGAUACCUACACAGUAUUUGCUCCUAACAAUGAUGCUAUGAACAGUUUUAUCCGGAAUAAAAGUCCAGCUACCGUGGAUGAAGAUACAAUCAAAUAUCAUAUCAUACUGGGACAACAGCUAAUGAAAAACAAUAUGCUUGAAGGCAUGCAUCGAAAAACAAUGCUGGGCAUCUCAUUUCAAGUUGGAUUUUUUAUGCAUAAUGGCCAGGUUUACGUUAAUGAUGCACCAAUAAACUACACAAACGCGGCAACUGACAAAGGAGUCAUUCAUGGCUUGGGCAAAGUUUUGGAAAUUCAGAAGAACAGAUGUGACAUGAAUGACACCACUGUUGCUCUGAGCAAAUGUGGUGACUGCACGCUAUCGCCGGUCUGUGGCGUAAAUAUGCAGCCUAUGGUCAGUGCAAUAAAGGCAUGUAUAUACACGAAAUACAGCAUGGGGAAGAGAUUCAUCUUCAUUGGAUGUCAGUCCAUGUGUGCUAAAAGUGUAAUUACCCCAGAGUGUUGCUCAGGAUUCUAUGGUCAGCAAUGUCUAUCCUGUCCUGGAAAAGCUGGAAAUCCAUGUUUUGGAAAUGGAAUAUGCAUGGAUGGUGUUAAUGGCACUGGUGCGUGCCAGUGUGAAGAUGGAUAUACUGGAACUGCAUGUGAAAACUGUGUUAAAGGCAAAUAUGGAAUACGCUGUGGACAAGAAUGUACGUGUCUUAAUGGAAAAUGCAAUGAAGGGAUAACUGGAGAUGGGACUUGUCAAUGUAAUGUUGGCUGGAGAGGUGUUAAAUGUGAAACAGCAAUCACAGAAGAUAAAUGCAAUAAAAUCUGCCACACUAGUGCAAAUUGUCUAGUGAAAGAAGAUGGCACCGCUUACUGCCAGUGCGCUUCUGGAUUUGAAGGAAAUGGCACAAUGUGCACAGGUAUCGAUGCCUGCGCAGCGAGCAAUGGGGGCUGUUCGGCAAAUGCAGAAUGUCGAAAAACUGAGCCUGGAAACCGGAUAUGUGUCUGCAAUGCAGGUUACACUGGAGAUGGGAUAGUAUGUCUAGAGAUUGAUCCAUGUGCUGUGAAUAAUGGUGGUUGUGAUCAAUUUGCUGAGUGUACUAAAAUUGGUCCGAACAAGUCUGUCUGUAAUUGUUUGCAAGGAUACUCUGGGGAUGGUAAAAAGUGCAGUCCUAUUAACCCAUGCUUAACUAAAAAUGGUGGUUGUAGUGAAUAUGCCACUUGCAAUCAUACCGGUCCAGCAGAAAGAAUCUGUACUUGCAAGUCUAGCUAUAUUGGAGAUGGACUCAUUUGUAGAGGCAACAUCUAUGAGGAAUUACGUAAAAACUUGAAGACAUCAAAUUUCUUUUAUCUACUGCAGUCAAAUCUCAUUGAUGAGCUGUCUGGAUCUGGGCCAUUUACCGUUUUUGUGCCAAGCAAUGAUGCCCUGAAAAAUGAUCCUCGGACUAAAGAAUGGACCUCUAAAGGUAUGAUGGAGCAGGUUCUCCUGUAUCACAUUGUAACCUGCACACAACUCACUAGAGAAGACCUCUCGUCCAUGACGUCAGUGACUUCACUACAGGGUGAAACAGUGAAAAUAUCAUUCUCCCAGAACACUGUUGUUUUAAAUGAAGAAGUAAAAAUCAUGGCAGAUGAGCAAAUGUUAGCCCUCACGAAUGGUGUGGUGCACUUCAUUGAUAAAGUUCUUGUUCCCAAGAGAAUGCAAGAUAAAUCUGAUAAAACAAUGGGUAAUUUAAAAGAUAUAGCAGAUGCAAAUGGAUACAGUGAAAUGUACAAAUUACUACAGGAUUCCAAUAUCAUGAAACUCAUAGAUGAUCCACUACAUCAACCGGUCACUGUGUUUCUGCCAUCAGACGAAGUCAUGAAAUCUUUACCCAAGGAGCAAAGUGAUUUUCUGUAUAAUACUCAGAACAAAGAAAAACUUGCACAGUACUUAAAGUAUCAUAUCAUCCGAGAUGCAAAGAUUGACGCUUAUGACCUUCUCAUCAGAGGAUCAAUGAAGACACUUCAGGGAUCUGAUAUCAGUGUAAAAUGUGCUGAUAAUGAUUCUUCUAUUGGAGACAUUCUUCUGGACAACAGACAGUGCAGGCUUAUCCAGCGGCAGCUUGCUUUUAAAGGAGGAAUAGCAUAUGGCAUUGACUGCCUGCUUGCUCCCUCUACUUUGGCGGGUAGAUGUGACAAUUUCAUGACUUUGGAUAUAAUGGGAGAGUGUGGCCUGUGUUUUAAUGUUCCCAAGUGUCCUGCCGGAAGCAAAGCUAAGGGUCAAAAGUCAAAGUGUCAGUAUGUGGUUAACUCCCGGAGAACCAUUGAGGGCUGUAUGCAACAGUGCACCUUGGUCUUUUGGGUGUCCCAGUGCUGCAAAGGCUACUUUGGAAGAGAUUGCCAAGCCUGCCCUGGGAGUCCUGAAACACCCUGCAACAAUCACGGAAGGUGUAAUGAUGGCUAUUCAAACACUGGCGAGUGCAUGUGCUCAGAAGGAUUUAAUGGAACGGCUUGUGAGUCCUGUAUACCAGGAAAAUAUGGACCAAACUGCAAAGCGUGUGACUGCACAGAUAAUGGUCAAUGCGAUGAAGGCAUCAGUGGAACCGGACAAUGUAUCUGUGAUAAUGGAUGGACUGGAAAACGUUGUGAAACAAAAUUAGUGCUGCCACCUGUCUGCUCUCCUCCAUGCUCUCCUAAUGCCGUGUGCAAGAAAGAUAAUGCCUGCGAAUGUAAAAAGUUUUAUGAAGGCGAUGGAAGGACGUGUACAGUGGUAAAUUUUUGCCAGACGAAUAAUGGCGAUUGUGACGCAAAUGCUAAAUGCUCACAAAAUGGUGUUAAAGUCACCUGUAGCUGCUUGAAAGGAUACAGUGGAGAUGGAAAAGUCUGUACAGCUGUAAACCCAUGUGUUGAUGGACUGAAUGGUGGUUGUCACGAACAUGCUAUUUGCACCAUGACUGGACCGAAUAAACGGAAAUGUGACUGUAAGGACCAGUACAUAGGUGAUGGUCUGGACUGUGAAUUAAAGAAUCUGCCCAUUGACCGAUGCCUGCAAGAUAAUGGGCAGUGCCAUUCAGAUGCAAUAUGUGGUGACUUACACUUUCAAGAUGCAACAGUUGGAGUGUUUCACUUACGUUCUCCAAAAGGCCAAUAUAAGUACAAUUUCAGUGAGGCCGUCCAAGCAUGCACAGAUCAAGAUGCCACCCUGGCUACAUAUAACCAACUAUCUUACGCUCAAAAGGCCAAUUACCAUUUAUGUUCAGCGGGAUGGUUGGAAGGAGGAAGAGUGGGCUAUCCAACUGCAUACUCAAACCCGAACUGUGGAUUUGGACAUGUAGGGAUAGUGGACUAUGGGUAUACCAACCUGACUAAGACCUGGGAUGCUUUCUGUUAUAGAACUAAAGAUGUACAAUGCACCUGCAAGCCUGGCUAUAUAGGAGAUGGCUACACCUGCAAUGGAAACCUACUCCAAGUCCUUAUGUCUUUUCCAGAAUUUUCUAGCUUCGUAUUGGAAAUCUUCAAAUAUUCCAAUACCUCAGCGAAAGGCAAAGAAUUUAUCAGUUAUCUUGCCGACUUGUCCAUACUAGCUACUCUUUUUGCGCCUAGUAAUGAAGGCAUUAAUGAGAAUGUGACUCUCUCUGGUCGCGACAUUGAAUAUCACAUUGCCAAUGUCAGCAUGGUAUUCUCCAGUGAGCUCACCAAUGGAACAUUACUCCAGACCAGGAUAGGCAACAAGCUACUUGUAUUUUUGGAAGAGACCUCCUCAGUCACAGAAAACAAGACCCAAAUCAGAUAUGUAGGUGGAAAGCGUAUUGUACAGACAGACUACAUCGCUUCAAAUGGAGUUAUACACAUGAUAUCUGAACCUCUGAAAGCUCCUCCAGAGCCAAUAGCUCUGCAUGCUGGCCAUGGAGCGGGAAUAUUCUUUGGUAUUGUGUUCGUCAUCGGCUUACUGGCACUUGCCGUAUUCGCAUAUAAGAAGUUCAGCAGAAAAGACUUCCAGUUUCAGCAGUUUCAUGAGUAUGAUGAAAAGGAGGUAGUGUCCGAUUUUAACAUCGCUCCAUCCUCAAACAUUGCAAACCCCAUGUAUGACAGCGUUGAAACUGGCAAUCUCCCUCCUGAACCAUCAGCAGAACCGACGUUUCAUCCGUUUUCUGACUCGGACGAUCAGCAGCUAGUGAACUUCGGGGGCCGAAACAAAUGAGUAAAAAUUGGACAAAUUCUGUGGUAUCUACAACAGAUUCAAAAACAUUACAUAGUUGUCUGCCGCACACUCCUUCUGCCAACAGCUACCCCUCUCAACCUCCCCCUACACUUGCUAAAUAGGCUGAGCAUGCAUGUGUUCUCAAUAGGGCGAGUGGAGUAAGCAGACGUACAGAUAUGUUAAAGUCCAAUUGCCAGAUCAUUCUCUCUCCCCAACAUCUGCUGUUCGGGGGAGAGUUGGGAGACCACACAUUAGGCUUGUUUAAUGCGUAUAGCCAUCUUUACUAAUUGUAUUCUCCAGAUUUUACCAUUCGUGUGUAUAAAGAAGGUGUCUGAUUAUACAUCCUUCUACAGAGAGUACAGUUUUCCUGCCCGCAGAGAUGAAUGGAGCCUGACUUUGGGGCAGGUCCAAAAUUUUAUUGGCUCUUUUACUGUGAACCUGUAAAUAAAAACAUUUAUUCAG